AUGAUUGAAAUUUGUAGUUUUGCAACAAGAGUCGAUGACUGCUUUUCGAAUUGCAUGUUUGCACAUCUUACACUAACUGGUACAAUUUGUGCUUGUUUGGAAAAGCAAAUAGUUACUGGAGUUAGCAGAUCUGGUGCUAUUCUUCACUUUAUUGGCUGGAUUCUAGCAUUAUUUAUUGCUUGUUUGGGGGGCCAACACUUUAUUAAUGCUAGUGAUUUAAUUCCGGAGGCUAUUUGGGCAUCAAAAUGGUACAAUGCUGAUGUAAGACUAAGAAGAGAUUUAUUACUAAUGAUGAUGAGAUCACAAAGAGAUCUUAACAUAACUGCUGGACCUUUUGGUGUUGUAUCAUAUGCUCUGUUUGUUUCAGUUUUAAAAACUUCAUACUCCAUUCUCUGUAUGCUGACUUCCUAA